AUGCUUAAACACACAGGCAUGAUACUUUUGAGAUUUUUCCUCCCACUACUUAAUGACCUUUGCCGGAUCGGUGCGCAGGAUGAAGGCGAGAACAUUGCCUUUCAAAAGCCGGUGUAUGGGAAGGCAAAGUGGCCCAGUGCACUGGUAGACGGUAAAUACUGGACUGUCAUCAGUCCACAACCGGAUGAACUACCCUUGUUUUACGUGGACCUAUUGGACUCGUACAUUCUGAGCUCUGUUCGGGUGCAUUCAACGACCGAUGGAAACUUUGCCAAGGCGGGAUUGAAUCAUUCUUUUUCGGUGUACACGUGGGAUACCUAUACAACUGGGUGCGACAUCGGUGCGCUGUAUCCUUGGCAUGUAAUGAAAAGACGGCUGAAAUUCAAGAAGAAUGGACAGCAGUUAAUAAUCCCAGGUCCAGUAGAAGCGCGGUACAUAAUCGUUUUGUCGGACCAAGUGAACUUCUUCGACACCAUCGACGGUAUUACCAUGGGCGAGUUGAGGGCGUUUGGUGAGAAAAUUGCAGAUGGUUAUGUACCCAAAGUUCCAGAGGAUGGACCUGAUAUCCCUAACCUGCACACAGAAACCCGUCGGAGCCUUCUGUCUGGACAAAGUCACUUGAGGACAGAUCAAAGCUAUGGGGAAUACAAGUUGUCACUGGAACACAACGAUGUCGCGCUCGCAUGGUAUCACAAUAAGAUCAACACAAUGGCCGUAGUACGUGACAAGGCGCGAAUCAUCCUGAUGUCCGGAUCCACAAGUAUGCAGUUACUGGCUUCAGCGCGAGAGUAUGCAACAUUGCGGAAAAAUUUCCGCUCUUGGCUCAGUCCAAAAUAUCGUAAUGCUUCAUUUGUAAAUGUGACAGAUCAAGCCAGGGAUGGGGACAUUCUGCUAAUUACCAGAACAUCAGUGUUUGAUGAGCACGAGGUGUACGAUCGUCUUCUAUCAGGCAAAAACGCGGCAUUGAUAGGAUACGCAGGGUCGUUAGAAUUGGCAACGAGCCCCGCGGCAAGCAUUAUGGCGAAGUUGCAAAUCGGUUAUGCAAACCACAGCAAGGAAUAUGCGCCGCGCAAUGUUUCGCUCACAGGUUUAAUUUAUUUGCCGACUUUUAUCCCAUUUGUCUACCGUCUGAAGUUGGCUACCGAAAGCUGGAAGGUAUUCCGAACUGAAAACCUCUACUCUAGCGUAAAAGCGGAAGAAUUAAAAUCACCGGAAGCACAGGAAAUGCUACGAAAACUGAUUGAUCAAUACCGUACAUUCUUCAAAGAACAUCCGAUUUGCAGAGAUCAACCAUACAAGCGGGAUGAAGAGCUAGAUCAAGCGUUCGAAAACUACAACAGAUUAUUGACGUUUCAGGUUGGCUCACGAAUUGAACCUAUUCCCGGUUCAUCGCGUACGCCCGGUGAUGUGCAUUCGAGCGAAAACGCCACAUGCUACUCGGUCACAUUCAACGUGAAUAUACGUGGUCGAUACUAUCCCAUGGGAGGAUACGCGAAACCUGGACACGCAUUUCGGUACAAGGUUCUCAAUGUAACCACUCGGAGUCUCAAGGGUUUUCGUCUGCGAAUUAAUCCUCAAACCGACACGGUGAGACACGCGGUACUAAGACGAUGGUUCACAGUCACAUCUGAUAGAGAGAUGGAAGCGCAUGGAGAAUUUGCGUCACCAUUCGGAGGCCCAAUAGUGGUCUGGAUUCCUGUGCGUGCAAACAUCACCAUCCACUUCGAGAACGUCUACCGCUAUCCAUGGUUCGAUAUUCGGAAUCCAAAGUCAAGGAACAACUGGGAGGUUGAGCGUCGCAAACAUCGUGGUGUUCCCUAUUUGAUGCUAGUGGGCAACAACAUGAUCAGCAUGAUCGCCACUUCCAUCGCAACAGCAAUUAGUGGCGAAGAUCUUCUGGUUUGCGUUAACUAUCAUGACAAUGUUAUCAAAAUGAUACAUAAUUACCGCGGCACGAACUACGCAACAGAUCGUUUGCAGGUAUUCGUAACCGACGAGCAAAUCUCGGUUGGUGAUGGUCAUUCAGGCUACCCGUGGAUGGGUCACAGGUACUGGGGUAAAGCAUUCCUGGAUAAAUCGAGAAUCGAGAGUGGAAAGUACAUUGGUGUGAUACAUGAGAUAGGCCACAAUUUACAAGUGCAUAGGAUUACAUUCGCGCGUGGUGGGGAGGUGACCACCAACCUCUACAUCCCAAUUCUGCACCAUUACUUGCUUGGGCUUGCUUCCUACGCGAAAGGAUUCUCUCUAGGUUGGAGCCCAGAUGAUGAGCUGCAACUGUUGGCCACUUGGCGCGGUAGUGAAUAUGUAGGUGUACAAGUUAGCUACUACAGCUAUCUGCACAGAUACUUUACCGCGGCACUCGUGAGCAAUGUGAUGAGCAAAGCGGUUUAUUCACGCGAAUCAUUCGACACUGAGGAGCGGAAGGUAAAUUUCUGGAUGAGGCACUUAUGCAUCGAGAGUGGGUACGACUUGGUUCCUUUUAAUCGUUUGUGGCACCUCCCGAUCAGUGACUUGACAGCAGCCUUUUGCAACCCAUUUCCAUGCUUCUUCCCUGACGAUGAGCUAACGCAGCAGGUGCCAGACGUGACAGAGAGGUUAUUGACGGAGUACAACAAAUCGUGCUCACGUGAACAGCCGGAAGGAGUGCAGUUCAAGCGGGAAAUCAUGCGUGGCCUCAACAAUUUGGAUCCACAAAUCAUUUUCUUACAUAAUGAGGACAGCUGUGUGGCCCCGCCUUCUUAA